GUAUGAAAUUUUGAAAGAAGAAGAAUCUAGGACUGAUUAUGAUUAUAUGCUCGAUCAUCCUGAAGAAGUUUACAGUCAUUACUAUCGCUAUUAUCGACGAAGAGUAGCUCCCAAAGUUGAUGUUAGAAUUGUUAUAAUAGUUACAUUGAUAGUUAUCACUGUCAUUCAAUACUUCACUUCGUGGCAAAGGUAUAACACGGCUCUCAAUUAUUUGAUGACUCUUCCAAAGUAUAGAAAUAAAGCAAUAGAAAUAGCUUUGGAACAAGGAUUAAUUGAUGAUCCACGGAGAAAAGUCAAAGGGAAGAGCAAAAUAGAUGUGAAAGAAGAAACUGAUAGAGCAAUCAAAAGCAUCCUGGAAAGUAAUUUAGACAUCAG